AUGCCGUUCCUUCGUGGAAAGUCGCUUCGUCUCGCGCAGGUGCUACUUACAGUUGCACCGGCAUUCAUAUCCUACGGAUACAAUCAGGCUGGGGUAGCACCUCUUGCCAAUCUACAGUCAUGGGUGACCACUUUCCCGGACAUCGAAACCCUCCAUACCAAGGGUGCCAUCAAAGAGAGAAACUCGACGCGGAAGGGUGCCGUCAUUGCGGCCCUUCAACUGGGAGCCCUCGUGGGAGCGCUAUCCUGCGCUUACAUCGGUGAUCGGCUCGGCCGGCGCAAGACUAUUUUCGUGGCCGGCAUUAUCACCAUCAUCGGAGAGAUUCUACAAACGUCGUCCUUCAAUACGAUCCAAUUUUCCAUCGGCCGGGUCAUACUUGGUAUCGGCAUCGGGCAACUAAGCGCUACAGUUCCGGUAUGGCAGGCUGAAUGUAGCUCUGCAAAGCAUCGCGGUCAACAUGUCGUGGUUGAUGGAAUAUGCAUGGUCUUGGGUUUUGUACUCACCAACUGGAUUGAUUACGGCUUGAGCAAGACGACCGGGGAAACGCAGUGGCGUGUUCCACUGGCGUUGGCUUUCAUCUUCCCUCUGAUCCUUUUGGCAUCCGUCUUUCUGCUCCCCGAGUCACCUCGCUGGCUGGUGCUUGUGUCGAGGAAGCACGACGCAGUGCGGAGUCUAGCAGCCUACAGAGGCCUCCCGGACGAUGAUGAAGCAGUGCAGACUGAGAUUGCCGGUAUAGCGUCAUCGCUAGAAACCACUAGACAAGCACAGAGGAGUCUCUCAUUCCGGAACCUUGUUUUCGGCGAUGACGAAGGACGUCUGCUCUAUCGAUUCGCUCUGUGUCUUGUCAUCCAGUUCUUCCAGCAGAUGUGCGGCGGUAACCUGAUUUCCACCUACGUGUCCACCAUCUUCGAAGAGAACCUCCAUCUAGGCGCAGAGAAGUCUCGGAUUCUAGGUGCUAGCGCACUGACGUGGAAGUUCGUCUGCAACUUCAUCCCCUUCUUCGCGAUCGACCGUCUGGGUCGACGCAAGGUGUUCAUCUUCAGCGGCGCAGGCAUGUGUCUCUGUAUGACGGUUCUAGCCAUCACGACAAGUUUCAGCAACCCCAGCAGGAGCCUAUCGAUCACCUCCGCGGCCUUCAUCUGGCUCUUCAACAUGUUCUAUCCGAUCGGUUUCUCCGGCGCAAACUUCCUCUACUGCACGGAGGUCGCUCCCAUGCAUUUGCGCGUCGCGAUGUCGUCCGUAUCGACGGCGAAUAAAUGGCUAUGGAACUUCAUCGUGGUGAUGAUCACACCGGUUGCACUUGACACUAUUGGCUGGCGAUACUAUAUUGUCUACGCUGUCAUUUCAGCGUGCAUCCCGGUCACGGUGUAUCUGUUCUAUCCGGAAACCAUGGGACGCAACCUAGAGGCCUUAGACCAGGUCUUUCGCGAUGCGUCUUCUCCGUGGCAUAUUGUUGGGAUGGCGAGAAAGCUUCCGCAGGGAGAUGCGACGGAAUCAGAUCAGCAAGCGACAGAGCAGAAGGUGAUUGUUGAGCAGAAGGAACACGCUUGA